AUGUGGGAUCCAUACAAACUCCUCGCUGCCUCGGUUUUCACCGACCCGUUGGCCAAUGAAAAUGUGAAAAACGGAACCUUGACCGAGCUGCCUUACAUUCCGAUUGAUCGCUAUGGUAUAAACGGACAGCCUAUGCUUCCUGCCCAGUUUGAGCUGGCUGGCUUUGACAAAAAUGAGCCUGGAACCUGGCCCAUGUUGCAGCCUUUUUACUUUCCGGCUUCCCCAUUCACUUGGGUUGGCGACGAUCACCACUACCCGCAACCACCCACUUCAGAUCCUUUCUACUGGCCCAAUAUUUCUAUCUAUUGGGAUAUGGCCAACGGUGAGCUUAUUGACUUUCGCCCGGUAGAUGUCCGCGCUGUAAUGCCCGAGGUCCGCCGAGCUUGGCAAAUAUCUUAUCGUAGUGAAUUCGCAGAAGGUGCGCCUACUGCUGAUGUGGCAACAAUCUUGAUUCCCGAAAACUACAAUGGCAGGCAUCUUCUGUGUUACGCACCUUACCAAGAUUCUGUAAACUUCGACUGUUCGCCUUCGUACGCAUACUUGACUGGACUGCGUGAUCCCUCUGUUGACGCACUACUGAUACAAGGCUGGGCUGUAGUUAUGCCUGAUCACCAGGGGAAGCGUAACUCAUUUGGAUCUGGCUACCGAUCUGGAAAAUCGGUCCUGGACUCUAUACGUGCUACCAUAGAAGCUCAGGAAUAUCUACCUUUCAGUUUUGAAAAAAUUGCAAUGACAGGCUACUCGGGUGGCGCAAUUGCUAUUGGAUAUGCCUCGGAGUUGCAAUCAGAGUACGCACCUGAACUAGAUAUAUGUGGCUCUGCGUUUGGCGGUGUUAUCGUUGAUCUGAACGCUACACUUUCGGUGAUCAACAAAGGUCUAUUUAGUGCAUAUGCUCUAGGAGGGUUCUAUGGGCUAGCUCAAGAGUGCCAGAUUAUGGACAUUCUUGAAGCAAGCUUGAAGGAUAAUGCCAAGACCCGCGCCAACGAAAUUCAGAACCACUGCCUUAUAUGGGACGUCCUUGACUACGUGGGCCAAGAUAUCUUUGCAUAUUUCAAGGAUGGCCCAGCCGUGCUUAACCAGGAUGACUUCCGUCGAGUUCUUGAGAGGGAGCGCAUGGGUUUCAACACCCCAAGCAUGCCCCUUUUCAUUUACCAGGCCGACAGUGAUGAGAUCGCCCCCGCUGAAAAGGUUAACGGAUUAGUUGAUUUUUAUUGCCAAAAUGGUGCUCGAGUCGACUAUCAUAUGGACUCGCAAAUUGGGCAUUUGUUGGAAGCUGUCGCAGCGACGCCUGCGUUGAUCAAGUUCCUCCACAAAUGUUUUGAGGAGAACUACGUCCCUGAUCUUUAUCCCGAUCACAUUGCUUCUAUCCAAGCAAACGCAAUGGAUGUGCCCUUAAUGGACGAUAUUGACGCAAUUUCCCGAAAGGCCUACAAUUUUUGGAAAGGCCUCGGGCUGCCAUAUAUUCCUUUGUAA